UGCCUGACAAAACUCUGGCCGUCUCCUCUCCUCUAGCGCGCGCGCGCACAUCACCUCCUGUCCUUCCUUUUCUCACGACUUCCACCGUCCUAUUCCCACUGUUGCGACCCCAUGCUUACGCCCCUCCCAGCACUCUGGCACACUAGAUGCUAGUCUAGGCAGUCAGCAACUGCAUUUACAGAAACAGACCCGACACGAUGGAUGCAUCCCCAUCAUCCACGACACCCCCCACGGCCUUCAGGGGUAGCGAAGACGAGAGAUCGGACCAGCAGAGAAAGAGGAAUCGCAUUCGGUUUUCGUGUACCACAUGUCGAGAGAAAAAACUCAAGUGCAACCGCCAGUCUCCCUGUGACCAGUGCAUCAAGCGGAACGUUGCCGCAACAUGCAACUUUAUUCCCUAUGCCCAGAAUGAGCCUCGCCCACCCCCAUCCGCCUCGGGCGCAACACCCGGUUCACAAAGUGCUGGCUCUCGCAACAGGAGAGGGCCCCUUCAGGACAUGACAGCAGCAGCCCGCCUUCGCCACCUCGAGCAUAUGGUCCAGGUCCUGAAAGCGCAAAUGCGCCGCGAGGAGAGUGGUGGUGCGGACGUCCCAACUUCUUCUAGGGCCAUCUCCCCUGUCCCUCCGUCGCCCUAUGUGCAAGAGACUCAGCCGGAUCAUGAUGCAGAAUCAAUCGCACCUGCCAAGGGGACAGCAGGCGCCAUGGCCGAUCAGACACGAUAUGUGGAAGUCAUUCACUGGGAAGCAGUCCUUGACGAGCUUACCACCUUGACCAAGAAUCUUAAAGCCUCGGAUGAAAGCUCGGAAGACGAAGAGGAAAAUUGGUCUCCCAAUAACGUGCCUGAACGCCAGCCCGUCUCGGUCCUCUUUUCUGGCGGCUUUGCUCCUGUUUCCCCGCUCGACCUGUUCCGACGCAUGCCACCGAAGCCUGUAUGCGACCGUCUGCUGUCCAUAUUCUUCCAGCUCAAAUACUCCUCCUGGUCAGUCUUCCAUCUCCCCACGCUCUGGAAAUACUACGAGGCGCUUUGGCAAGAGGGAGCCGAGCUUUCGUAUGCCGACCUGGCCUUCUUCUUCCUCCUGUUCGCAAACGCUGCCGUCUUCUGUAGUCAUACGGGAGAGGAAGUUCCUGGCAACCUAGGAAGCCCGAUGCAGGCAUACAGCAUGUUCAAAACCACGGGCGCUCACGCCCUUGCGCUCUCUGACUACAGCACGCCAGGGAAAAACAAGAUCGAGGCCCUGUAUGUAUAUUUCGUCGCCGAGUUUAUCGGCCAGCCUGACGCACCGCUCAGCACGUCCAUCAUCUUUUCCAACAUCGUCCGACUGGCCAUGCACAUGGGACUACAUCGUGACCCGAAGCACUACCCUACCAUGAGCCCUUUUGAGGGCGAGAUGCGCAGGAGACUCUGGCUUCAGUUCGUCGAGGUUGAUCAGAUCGUCGCGUUCCAGUUUGGACUCCCGAGCACCAUCCAGUCCCGUUUCUACGAUACUGAAAUUCCUCGCAAUCUUCUCGACGAAGACUUUGACGAAACAACCAAAGAACUUCCGCCCUCCAGGCCCGAAUCAGAGAUGACACCCAUCCUCCUGAACAUUGUAAAAUCUCGCACGAUAUGUGCCUUUGGGGAUAUCACAGCGGCCAUGUGCUCGAGGAACCCAAUCAGCUACGCCGAAGUCAUUCGUCUCGACAAGCAGCUCGAGGACGCCCACAACAGUCUUCCUCGUCUCCUCCAGUUUCGCACCUUUGCCGAGUCCAAGGACGAUCCUAUCGACGUCGUCAUGCAGCGGUUUUGGAUGGAGCUAAACGAUCAAAAGGCACGGAUAGUGCUGCACCGAAGAUACAUGGGCAUCGGAAGGACGGAUAAACGUUACAGGCACUCUCAGCAGGUCUGUCUGGACGCGGCCACCAAGACGUUGCGAGGCCAAUACGAUCUUCACUGUGAGCGGCAGCCUCGGGGGCGAUUGGCUUCGGAGAAAAACGGGGACUUUUUUCGACAAAGUAUUACCACUCACGACUUUCUCCUCGCCGGCAUGAUCCUCUGUCUCGAACUUUCCUACAUCAAGGCCAGGGAGAAAAGGGAGGCAUCUCCCUUGGGCACGCGGUCUGAGACAGUUGAGAACGAUGUUAUCUCCAAGAACCAAUUGAUGCAGAUGCUCGAGAUCUCGCGGCAAAUCUGGCAGUCGACAAGGAACCAGUCGACCGAAGCGAACAGGGCGUUCAAGAUUCUGUCGAAAAUGCUCUGUUUGUCAACAGGAGCCGUGUUCGAGAGCAGCCCUGAAUCGUCGGGUAGCGUAUACGAUUCCUUCCAGGCGUCUACUUAUCCAAACGCAGAGCCAGGCACCGUAGCGACCGAAGCGACCGGAGUGACCGGUGCGAAUCCCUAUUACUACACGCAGCCUCAGGCUCACACAGCCAUGAACCAGGCUGUACCCGUUGCCAUACCCAUAGUCAUGCCACAAACAACAACAACCCCGAUCGCCGAGCAGAUGCAGUAUUCCCCCGCGUGGCAGCCAGACCUCCCCCCUCCGAUGGGACCUGUGGACUUUUCCCCUUAUAACACGAUGGAUCAGUUCAUGGAUCCGAGCUUGACGGCCGACUGGCACCUUUGGGAUUAUCAGGUCCAUAACACGAACGUCGACGAGCUCCAAAUACCCUGGAGUACGUUCUUCCACCCUCAGAUGCCAGGCUAUCAAUAAGUCACUUGGUGGCAUACCAACAUCGCUUGCCGAUAAAGCUUCGUUCUGGGCGCUUGCUUUGCAUGUCUCGGUCUAGAAUUUGUCUGUGAUCUUAUUGCAGGCACGACGAAACAGCGUCGAGCGGCUCAUUACCCCCACUGGAUGCCUCGUGAAUCCCCAGCUUAUUCAUGGACGGAACUGAAUGUGAGGGGAAGGGCGGUCGCUUACGGAACCCAAGAUGGUAAAGAGCGACAGCCACUU